UCCUGUCUUGGCCGCACCAGGAGCAUCGUGGAGGGUGAAACCAUCUGAACCAGUCCGAGGGUGAAACGCUCUCCUGCUCGGUGACCCGCGGAUCAGCUGCUCGACCUGAGAGGCUCUUCAGGGAAACUGGUUCCGAUCCACUGACAAGAUGCCUCAUCGAAAGAAGAAGUCGUUCAUCGAGAAGAAGAAGGCGGUGACCUUUCACCUCGUGCACCGGAGCCAGAGGGAUCCGCUGGCUGCAGAUGAGACGGCGCCGCAGCACGUCCUCCUGCCCGCCACCACGGUGGAGGCGGAGAAGAGGCGCGAGGAGCAGAGGGACUUUGGUGUUUUCUAUGACGACAACUACAAUUACCUGCAGCACCUGAAGGAGGCGGUGGGCCCUACUGAGCUGGUGGUGACCAACCCCCCCAACACCAACAGACGUCCUGUUCCCCUCCAUGAUGAAGACGAGGAGGAGGAGGAGGAGGAAGAGGAGGACACGGACACAGACAAGGCACCUCCUGGCGCCAGCAUCAACCUGCCCUCGUCUGUGUUCGCCUCCGAGUUUGAGGAGGAGGUGGGACUCCUCAACAAAGCUGCUCCCAUCUCAGGACCCCGUCUGGACAUGGACCCCGACAUCGUGGCGGCUCUGGACGAAGACUUCGACUACGAGGACCCUGACAACAUCCUGGACGAUGACUUCAUGACCCAAGCAAACACAGCCAGCGCAGCAGUGGACGCAAAAGGUGUCAAGGAUGAAGAUGAUGAGGACGAGUGGGAGGACACAGACUCUGAAGGAGACUGUGACUCUGAAGGAGGAUUUUCGGGCGACGGCGGCGGAGGGCGAGAGUUUCUGUUCAUGGACGAGGAGACGAAGAGUCGGUUCACAGAGUACUCCAUGACCUCGUCUGUGAUGAGGAGGAACGAGCAGCUCUCCCUCCUGGACGACCGCUUCGAGAAGUUUUACGAACAGUUUGAUGAUGACGAGAUCGGAGCUUUGGACAACGCCGAGCUGGAGGGCUUCAUCAACCCGGACAGUGCUCGUCUGGAGGAGGUCAUCAAGGACUAUUUCAAACAGAAGCACAACGACUUCCUGAGGCCUGAUGACUUGGGUCCAAAGGAGCUUCCUGCCGUGAGAGAGGAGGAAGAGGAGGAAGAGGAGAUGGAGACGUUUGUUGUCCAGGCUCCAGAGGAGAAAUGGGACUGUGAAACCAUCAUCAGUACGUACUCCAACAUCUACAACAGACCCAAACUCAUCGAAGAGCCACCAAAGCUGAAGACGAUCCGCGUGUCCAGAAAGACGGGCAUCCCUCUGGACGUCCUCCCCGCCAGAGGCCUGACAGCCAAGCAGGUGGAGCGCAUGACGAUGAUCAACGACUCGGACCUCCCCCGCCUCUCCACCCAGCCCCGGAGCAAAGAGGAGAGCAAGGAGGAGAGGAAGACGAGGAAGCAGGGCAUCAAGGAAGAGCGCAAGGAGAGGAGGGCAGAGAAGAAAGCCAACACGAUGGCGUUCAAGGAAGAGAAGGUCCGACAGCAGAAGCAGAUGCUGAACCUGAGGUCAAACAUUCAAGGCCUGAAGCUUUAGGAACGGACGGGGGGGGGGGGGGCGCUCCGCCCACACAGACUCUUAACCCAUCGAUGAUGAUGUCAUCAGUGGACAAGAUGGCGAACACCCCCAAACAGGACAGAGGGAGGGGGGGGCGCUGUGAGGCUCUGGAUUUAUCGACUGGAGUUGAGGAGUUUUCUCAAAUCACCACAAGAUGAAGUUUAUUUACCUUCAUAUGAAACGUGACUGUUUGAAAUACAGGAUUAAUAAAACGCUGCGUGUCGA